GAGUCUUGCACGCAUCUGCAAAGUCUGGUUGCCUACUGUAUCUGCCCUGAGCCUCGAAAACAGAGUUUGGAACCUUCGACUCCUUACGGCAGAGGCCUGGCUGACCUGAUGUCUACCACAGGAUUUCUAUCCGGGGGGCAAAUUAUCGAGUCUAGAAUUGUAUAUAUGAAGGGCCAAUAUGAUUCAAGCCGGAUGUCAGCGGCCUCAUGGGCGUAACGGUAGGAUUCAACACAUCGACUCGCAAAUCACAUUGGCCAUUCAAUUCCAAUGGAGAUAAUUAGUAUUGCCCUCAUGAUCCAGUCUUGGCAUUCCAAGAAUAAUGAACGGCUUUAGAAGGGUCGGACAAUGUGACCUCAUUCAUUUUGGCUGGAAACGAGCUUGUGAUCGCCCUUGUGGUGAUCGGUGGAAUGCUCGGCCAAGUUCUUUGCAUGCCGUAAUUGAGACAUAGACCCCCACUGUCGCAUGUGGUAGUAACUCUAUCUUGUUAUAAAUCAUAUUUAAUAACUAGCCAAUUGCUUUGGAAAACAAUCUGAUCAACAUCUCUGCGACUCUUUACUGGCACCCCUUUGACCCAACAUGGAGGGGCCACGCGGCGUCUAUCUCUUUGGAGACCAGACAAGUGAUUUCGACGCCGGCUUACGUCGCCUGUUGCAAGUGAAGAACAACACCAUUGUCGCGUCGUUCUUCCAGAGAUGCUUCCACGCGUUGCGUCAAGAGAUUGCGAGCCUCCCGCCGUCUCAGCGCAAGAUCUUCCCUCGGUUCACAAGUAUAGUAGACCUACUGGCGCGUCACCGCGAAUCAGUCCCUAAUCCGGCUCUGGAGAGCGCGUUGACGUGUAUCUAUCAAUUGGGCUGCUUCAUAAACUACUAUGGAGAUCUCGGAAACAAGUAUCCAUCUGCUUCGGAGUGUCAUAUAAUUGGAUUGUGCGCAGGUCUGCUUAGCUCUGCAGCUGUGAGCUCUUCGACUAAUGUCGGAGAACUACUACCGGCCGCAGUCGAAGCAGUGGUAGUAGCUCUCCGUCUCGGUCUAUGUGUACUUAAAGUUCGAGAGCUGGUGAGCUCUGACCAAUCGACAUCAACAAGUUGGUCAGUCUUGAUAUCAGGGAUCAGUGAGAAAGAUGCCUCGCAACUCCUGGGUGAUUUUACCGUUGAAAGAGCAAUCCCUCCUUCAUCCCAACCGUAUAUUAGUGCGGUGGGAUCUAACAGUAUUACGAUUAGCGCACCACCUAAAGUCCUCGAUGCUUUGAUUGAGACCAGGCUAUCAAAGAGCUAUAAACCUAUGAGGGCUCAAAUCUAUGGCCCUUACCACGCGCCGCAUCUGUAUGAUGGCCGAGACGUUGAGAGGAUACUCGAAAGCUACCCCAAUGAUGUCGUCUCCGACUACAUACCUCGUAUUCCCGUGUUAUCAAGCACUACGGGAAAGCCAAUAAAGACUAAACGAAUGAAGGAUCUGCUCAAAGUCGCCCUUGAGGAGAUUUUAUUACGCCAGCUAUGCUGGGAUAAAGUGACGGAUUCCUGCUUGUGGAUAUUGAAAUCUGCACGCCACCAAACGUGCAAAUUGUUCCCAAUUGCAAGCACCGCCUCACGGAGCUUGUUCACAGCUCUUACAAGAGCCGGAAUAUCCGAUAUCGAAGUGGAAAAUGGGAUCGGUGAUAUACCCACAAACCCUAAGGACAAUCUGAACAUAAGCGGCAGAGCCGACUGCUCCAAGAUUGCUAUCAUUGGCAUGUCUGGAAGAUUCCCAGAGGCUGAUGGCAUAGAAAGCUUCUGGGACCUUCUAUAUAAAGGACUUGACGUACAUCGAAAGGUGCCCGCAGAGCGUUGGGAUGUUGAUGCUCAUGUCGAUCUUACUGGAGCAAAGCGGAACACCAGCAAAGUUCCAUAUGGAUGUUGGAUCAACGAACCAGGCCUGUUUGACCCUCGCUUCUUCAAUAUGUCACCACGAGAAGCUCUUCAGGCAGACCCUGCCCAGCGGCUUGCCUUACUCACGGCCUAUGAAGCUCUUGAAAUGGCUGGGUUCAUUCCCGACAGCACCCCGUCAACCCAGAGAGAUAGGGUCGGUAUAUUUUAUGGAAUGACCAGUGAUGACUACCGUGAAAUAAACAGUGGUCAAGAUAUUGAUACGUAUUUUAUCCCCGGCGGCAACCGAGCUUUUACACCUGGACGGAUAAACUACUACUUCAAGUUUAGUGGACCUAGCGUCAGCGUCGAUACGGCUUGUUCUUCAAGUCUUGCAGCGAUCCACAUGGCUUGCAAUUCAAUCUGGAGGAAUGACUGCGAUGCAGCCAUUACAGGUGGUGUUAACAUAUUGACAAAUCCCGAUAAUCAUGCUGGUCUUGAUCGUGGCCAUUUCCUUUCUAGGACUGGGAAUUGCAAUACAUUCGAUGAUGGCGCUGAUGGAUACUGUAGAGCAGAUGGGGUGGGAACAGUCAUUCUCAAACGACUGGAAGAUGCUCAAGCAGAUAAUGACCCAAUCCUUGGCGUUAUCAAUGGAGCAUAUACCAAUCACUCUGCAGAAGCGGUGUCUAUUACCCGUCCUCAUGUUGGCGCACAAGCUUUUAUCUUUAACAAGCUGUUGAAUGAUGCGAAUGUUGAUCCCAAGGACAUCAGCUAUGUUGAAAUGCAUGGAACAGGCACUCAAGCUGGAGAUGCCGUGGAAAUGCAAUCGGUUCUUGAUACAUUUGCUCCUGACUACCGUCGUGGACCAGGGCAGUCCCUCCAUCUCGGCUCCGCAAAAGCAAAUGUUGGUCAUGGAGAAUCAGCCUCUGGAGUGACUUCACUCGUCAAAUCGCUUCUAAUGCUGAAGAAGAACAUUAUACCUCCUCAUUGUGGUAUAAAAACCAAGAUAAACCAUAACUUCCCUACUGAUCUUGCGCAACGCAAUGUUCAUAUCGCCUUCCAACCUACUCCCUGGAAUAGGCCGGCCUCCGGAAAGCGCCAGCUCUUCUUGAAUAACUUCUCGGCAGCUGGUGGAAACACUGCUCUCCUUUUGGAAGAUGCACCGAUACCUCAGAUUAACGACCAGGAUACCCGGCCCGUGCACGUUGUGUCUAUUUCAGCACGAUCUCAAAGUGCGCUCAAGAACAAUAUCACGUCCCUGGUAAAAUACAUCGAUGAACAAGGAAGAUCAUUCAAUAUAAACGAGGGAGAGUUCAUUCCAAGCUUGGCAUACACCACCACAGCACGGCGUAUUCAUCACCCUUUCCGAGUUACAGCUAUCGGGUCUACAUUGCAUGAGCUGCACGAGUCGCUCAAUAGUAGCUCUCGCCUGGAGAGCUAUACCCCUGUCCCUGCGACGGCCCCAGGUGUUGGAUUUGCUUUCACUGGCCAGGGAGCUCAGCACACAGGAAUGGGCAAGCAGCUGUACGAGAAAUGCUCGCAGUUCCGGGCCACAAUGCAGCACUUUGAUUGCAUCAGCCAAAGCCAAGGGUUUCCCUCAAUUCUUCCUUUGAUUGACGGAAGCGUGCCGGUAGACGAGCUGGGCCCUGUUGUGACACAGCUUGGGACUACAUGUCUUCAAAUGGCCUUGGUAACUUAUUGGGACUCACUCGGUAUAAGACCCGCGUUCGUCCUUGGGCAUAGCCUUGGAGAGUUUGCUGCCUUGAACACCGCAGGUGUAUUGUCGACUUCUGAUACUAUAUAUCUCUGUGGUCGCCGAGCUACGCUCCUUACGGAAUACUGCCAGAUUGGAACACACGCCAUGUUGGCGGUCAAGGCUUCUUACCCACAAGUCAAGCAGUUGCUGAAAGAAGGUGUGGAUGAAGUGGCCUGUGUCAAUUCACCCAGUGAGACAGUCGUCAGUGGUCUCAGCGCCGAUAUUGAUGACUUGGCCCAAAGAUGUUCUACCGAAGGCUGGAAGUCUACUAAGUUGAGGGUGCCAUUCGCUUUCCAUUCCGCUCAGGUUACUCCAAUCCUUGAACGAUUCGAGGAAGAAGCCCGGGGUGUCACGUUCCGCAAGCCGUCAAUACCGUUUGUCUCCUCGCUCCUCGGGGAAGUUAUCACGGACACUAAUUACGAUGUCCUUGGAGCUCAAUAUAUGGUGAAACAGUGCAGGAAGUCGGUGAACUUCCUUGGUGCUCUUGAGGCUACGAGGUAUGCGAAGUUAAUGAAUGACAAGACUGUCUGGCUCGAAGUUGGCGCUCAUACCAUAUGCUCUGGUAUGAUAAAAGCGACAUUUGGCCCUCAGGUUACAACCGUGGCGUCUCUUCGCCGAGAGGAGAAUGCCUGGAAAAUCCUUUCCAAUAGUUUGGCAGCCCUUCAUCUGGCGGGUAUUGACAUUAAUUGGAAAGAAUAUCACCAGGACUUUAGAGCCAGCCAUCAGGUGCUUCCACUUCCUGCCUACAAAUGGGAUCUCAAGAACUAUUGGAUUCCCUACAGUAACAAUUUCUGCCUUACAAAGGGUGCCCCUCAAGCUGAAAUCCAAGCCGUGCCGCAAUCGACAUUCCUGUCCACAGCCGCUCAAAAGGUUGUGGAGAGUCGUGACGACGGUAUAACAGCGACCGUUGUUGUGCAAAAUGACAUCGCUGAUCCUGAGCUGAACCGCGUUAUUCAGGGUCACAAGGUUAAUGGAGCUGCCCUUUGCCCUUCGUCGCUCUACGCGGAUAUUGCUCAGACUCUUGGAGAGUACUUGAUAGAGAAGUACAAACCUGAAUUCAAAGGUCUGGGUCUCGAUGUAUGCGACAUGACCGUACCGAAGCCACUCAUCGCAAAGUCCGGAGAACAGCUUUUCAGAAUAUCUGCUACUGCCAAUUGGGCUGAAAAGAAAGCGUCGGUUCAGGUAUAUGCCGUAAAUGCUGACGGGAAAAAGACCGUUGAACAUGCGCAUUGCACUGUGAAGUUCUUUGAAGCCAGUGCCUCUGAGCUGGAAUGGAAACGUAUUUCGUACCUGGUCAAGAGAAGCAUCGACCGCCUCCACCAAAAUGCGGAAACAGGAGAGGCUCACCGUAUCCAACGUGGAAUGGUGUAUAAGCUUUUCAGUGUGUUAGUCGACUACGAUGACAAUUACAAGUCAAUCCGCGAGGUUAUCCUGGACAGUGAUAAUAAUGAAGCCACUGCUCUUGUUAAAUUCCAGGCACCUCCAGGCAAUUUCCAUCGGAACCCAUUCUGGAUCGACAGCUUCGGUCACCUUUCCGGGUUUAUUAUGAAUGCAAGCGAUGCGACGGACUCUAAGAGCCAAGUAUUUGUUAAUCAUGGGUGGGAUUCUAUGCGCUGCCUGAAGAAGUUCUCUCCUGAUGUCACCUAUCGCACUUACGUGAGAAUGCAGCCAUGGCAGAACAACAUCUGGGCAGGAGACGUGUACAUUUUUGAAGGUGACGAUAUUAUUGCUGUGUUUGGAGGCGUCAAGUUCCAAGCGCUGGCGCGCAAGAUACUUGAUACCGUCCUUCCUCCGGUUGGAGGUUCAAAGACCCCAACUGCAGCCAAAUCGUCACCUCCAGCUCGCACUCGGAAGUCGAGCACAGGCGCCAAGGCCCGUCCUGUUAAAGCAUCUGCCCCAUCCAAGUCCUUCAUCAAGUCUUCCGGACCAAGUGUGGUCAUGCGUGCACUCAGCAUUCUGGCUUCAGAAGUUGGUUUGGCAGAGUCUGAAAUUUCAGACGACCUCGUCUUUGCGGACUAUGGUGUAGACUCUCUCCUAUCCUUGACAGUUACCGGCAGAUAUCGUGAAGAGCUGAGCCUCGAUCUGGAGUCUUCUGUGUUCACCGAUCACCCUACUGUUAAGGACUUUAAGCGGCUUAUCGCACAAGUGAGUCCUUCGGAUAGCAAUGAUGGGUCAUCAAGCGAACAAGAAUCGAACUUCUCCUUCAAUGGUGGCGAGUCUUCAAGUGCAAGCACUCCUGACCUCAUGUCACCGCCAAACGAGAAGGUAGCCCAGGUUGAGCAGAACAACACCAUGAAAGAAAUCCGAAACAUCAUGGCGGAGGAGAUUGGUGUGCCUGCCGAAGAGAUCAAACCGGAUGAAAACUUGGGAGAGAUGGGCAUGGACUCGCUCCUCUCCUUGACUGUUCUUGGGAAAAUCAGGGAGACACUGGACAUGGACCUACCAGGAGAGUUCUUCAUUGAUAAUCAGACCCUCAAUGACAUCGAGGUUGCUUUGGACCUGAAACCGAAGGCCGCUCUGGCCCCAACGCCUAUGCCAGAACCAGUCAAGUUCCCCGACGCCAUCCAAGGCCUUAAACCCAAGGUCACUCAACACCCCAAGGCCACAUCAAUCCUGUUACAAGGAAACCCCAGGACAGCAACGAAGACAUUAUUUCUGUUUCCCGACGGCUCUGGCUCAGCUACAUCCUACGCUACUCUCCCUGGAGUUUCACCCGACGUCUGCGUAUACGGAUUGAACUGCCCCUACAUGAAAACACCUGAAAACCUCAAGUGCAGGUUAGACGAGCUCACUGCACCUUACGUAGCAGAGAUCCGCCGCCGUCAACCCAAGGGCCCGUACAACUUCGGCGGCUGGUCAGCAGGCGGAAUCUGCGCAUACGACGCAGCACGCCACCUGAUGUUUGAGGAGGGCGAAGAAGUUGACCGCCUGCUCCUCCUCGAUACCCCAUUCCCCGUCGGACUAGAGAAGCUGCCACAGAGAUUGUACGGCUUCUUCAACUCUAUCGGUCUCUUCGGCGAAGGUAAGACAGCACCACCCGCCUGGCUGCUACCACACUUUCUUGCCUUCAUCGACGCCCUCGACGCAUACAAGGCCUCACCUUUCCCGUUCACAGACGAGAGAUGGGCCAAGAAGCUACCUAAGACCUACAUAAUCUGGGCUAAGGACGGUGUCUGCGGGAAGCCGGGAGAUCCCCGACCUGACCCCCCAACAGACGGUUCUAAGGAUCCCAAGGAGAUGGUCUGGCUCCUCAAUGAUCGCAAAGACCUGGGACCUAACAAGUGGGAUACAUUGGUUGGAGCUGAGAAUAUUGGGGGAAUCACGGUCAUGGAAGGAGCUAAUCACUUCACCAUGACGAAAGGGGAGAAAGCGAAAGAGUUGUCGAUUUUUAUGGCAAAGGCUAUGGCUUAA